GAAAUGUAUGCCGGAAGCAAAAUGGCGAGCGACACGACAGACACGCCGCCUGACUCGGUACAGUGUCCUGUUUGUUUUAAAGACUUCAACUCUGAUUCUAUCAACGGUCACCUCGACGAGUGUCUGCUGAAGGGCGACAUUUCCCGCUGUUUGUCGACGGACGGCGGCGGACCACCUGUAAAGAAGUUUUGUUCCGACGCACCGCCUCAUCUCCCGGACUGUGGCGACCAUCAUACAGCGCCCUCCACCUCUUUCGGGGUAUUCUCCAUGUUUCACGGACACAAGCCAAAAGUGUCGCUUCAAAAUGACACGAAGGCUUCUUUUACCAACACAAGCGCGAGUGGAAACAAGGGAGUUAAGCGGAGUUUGCCGGCCGAACCUGAAACUGUAUGUUUGGGAACCCGCAAGAAGAAUGACGUACAGACAUUGAAUGCAGCACAGACUUUAAACCCACGGACACUGAUGACGUCAAACAAGCCACUGGCGGCGUUGCUCAGGCCAAACUCGCUGGAAGAAUACUUUGGUCAAAAUAAAGUUGUGGGCCAAGAGACGCUCAUGCGGUUUGUGUUGGACUCUCAGGAAAUACCCUCGCUCAUCCUCUGGGGACCACCGGGAUGCGGAAAGACCACUCUGGCUCACAUCAUAGCCAGCACCAGUAAGAAGAAGGGCACGGCUAGGUUUGUCACGCUCUCCGCCACCAGCUCGUCCACCGCAGAAGUGCGAGAAGUCGUCAAGCAGGCUGAGAACGAACUGCGCCUGUGCAAGAGGAGGACCAUCCUGUUUGUUGACGAAAUUCAUCGAUUCAACAAAUUACAGCAGGACACUUUCCUUCCUCACGUGGAAUGCGGAACUGUCACUCUGAUCGGUGCCACCACGGAGAACCCGUCCUUCCAGGUGAACUCCGCUCUGCUAAGCAGGUGCAGGGUGCUCGUUCUCGAGAAGCUCUCUGUGGAGGCAAUGGGCUCAAUCCUGGAGAGAGCUGUGGCCGCCCUUGGGAUCCGAGUGCUGGAACAGGAACAAUCCAAUCCCAAACACACAGACCAAACGGAUGAAAACGAGCCAAAGGUUUUCAUCGAACAAAAAGCUCUGGACACUAUCGCUUACCUUUGUGACGGUGAUGCGCGAGCAGGGCUCAACAGUCUGCAGCUGGCCCUUCAGGCUCAGGGCGGCUGGAACCGAGCGAGUCCUCUCGGACAAAACGAUUCCCCGAAGGAAAUAGUUGUGAAGGAGAAACACGUCAAGGAGGGCCUCCAGAGGUCUCAUGUUCUCUACGACAAAGCCGGCGAGGAGCAUUACAACUGCAUCUCAGCUUUGCAUAAGUCCAUGAGAGGCUCCCAUGAAAACGCCGCCCUCUACUGGCUGGGGCGUAUGCUGGAAGGUGGUGAGGAUCCACUCUAUGUGGCUCGCAGACUGGUCAGCUUUGCCAGCGAAGACGUGGGUAUGGCGGAUCCCCUUGCUCUUCCUCAAGCUGUAUCUACCUUUCAGGCCUGUCAUUUCCUUGGGAUGCCUCAGUGUGAGGUCAAUCUUGCUCAGUGCGUGGUCUACCUUUCACGAGCACCCAAAUCCAUGGAGGUCCACAUGGCCUACAAUAACGUAAAGGCUUGUCUGAGGAACCACAAAGGCCCCAUGCCUCCCGUCCCGCUUCACCUGCGCAACGCGUCCUCCCGCCUCAUGAAGCAGCUGGGCUAUGGCAAAGGUUACACAUACGAUUCCAAUGUGGAGCAGGAAUUCUUGCCCGAAGAGCUCCGGGGGAUCAAUUUCUUCACCCGGACAAACUCAUCGCUGUGACUACCAUAGGAGAUUAGGAAGGGACAUGUGAGCGGAAUGAUUGAAAGUCACUCACCCAGUAAGGUAAAGCAAGACUUAACAUGAAUAUCCAAGUUAAAGGGGAACUGCACUUUUUUGGAAUUUUGCCUAUCACUCACAAUAUCUAUGUAAGACAAGCACGCAUGAUCUAUUCCACAUGUAAAUCGCUCUACAAAACAUUAAAAACCUCAGUUUUAUAUACAUGCUGUAAGUAUAUAUUUAAUGUAGUAACAUGCACAUUCAUAAUAACAUGUAAUAAGUAUGUAUUUUGGUCAUUUUAAGCAUUAUGACAGCGCAUUGAUUUCACAGACGCAUCACAACAUUCUCUUUUCCUUUCAAAUAAAAUCCUAUUACUAAUCAUGGCAGACUUCAUAAGAGGCAACGACAACUACUUUGGGACAAAUGAUGAGUCAGAACGUUAAAAGCUGAACAAGAAAUACAAACUUCAAAGAUAACAAAACAAUCACUUACUCUAUAAUGUCUGCUCUCAAGAUUUGUUUUUCCCAUUUAGAAAAUGAAUAUAGCAUGUAUGUACUUAAAAAAAAGGUGUGUGCAAACAAGAGUCUCUUUGUGUCUCCCAGGCUAAUCAAAGUUGAUCAAUGCCCACAGCCUUCCACUAUACGAGUGAGAGGAAUGAAGUAUGAUUUAGUAUAAACUUUUAUCAACUCAGAGGCGAUGCAGCAGCUCACAGGCAUAGUAUGUCAUCAGCUCCAGUAGCUCGUUACCUGUCUGUGAUGAAGGUGCCGCAAAAAGUAGUUCCUCUGAGUUAGUUCCUGUAAAAACAAUAUCCAGGUCACAACAUGUAAAUGGAUUAUUGUUGGCGUUUUUUUAGAGAGAUUUAUGGGCGAAAUAGAUGACUCCCAUUAGCUAUGUUGUUAGCCGUGUAGUAUGAGCCGAAUAUUAUAAAUUAGAAUACAUACAAAAUAGAAAAACGUGUCACAUAGUGAUUGUGAAUGAUAGGGAAAAUUUCAAAGAAAGUGCAGUUCUGUAAGACAUCUUCAACUUAUACCCGUCUUUAGUUUAUUAGUCCUAAUAUUGAUUGCCAUCCAUCCAUUUUUCUACCGCUUGUCCCUUUUUGGGGUCGCGGGGGGUUCUGGAGCCUAUCUCAGGUGAUCGUUUGGAUUUAAAUGCCCAGUCUUGUGUAAUAUCUAUCAAACACAUAAACUGCAACUUGAUUGCAAUGUAUCUUUUCGGUCAAAUAUUCACUACUGUACAGUUUUGUGACACAUAGCCAUGUGGAUUUUUCUUCAAAUUGUAAGUUUAUAAAUAAAUACAUAUUGACUGAU